GUGGCAGGCCUCGCCUUACUGCGCGCUUUUGCUGGUUUGUACGCGGUUCUGCUGGUUUUUGCGCGCUGCGCCGCUCCAUCAUGGCAUCGUUCGUGGUGCUCAACACCCUGGCCAAAAUGCCCAUCGUGGGGCUGGGCACCUGGAAGUCAUCCCCUGGCCAAGUCGGGGAGGCAAUGAAGGUGGCACUUGAAGCCGGCUACCGCCACUUUGACUGCGCUUACGUCUAUCGCAACGAGAAUGAAGUGGGGGACGCCAUCCAGCAGAAGAUCAAGGAGGGAGCGGUGAAGCGAGAGGACCUCUUUAUUGUCAGUAAGCUCUGGUGCACAUUCCAUGAGAAGAGUUUGGUGAAGGGGGCCCUGCAGAAGACACUCAGCAACCUCAAGAUGGAUUAUCUGGACAUGUACCUCGUCCACUGGCCUAUUGGAUUGAAGACUGGAAAAGAAGAUUUCCCUGUAGAUGAGCAGGGCAGAUAUAUUUCCAGCAACACGGACAUCCUGGACACAUGGGAGGCCAUGGAAGAGCUGGUGGACGCAGGGCUGGCGAAAGCCAUUGGUGUUUCCAACUUUAACCACGACCAGAUUGAGAGGGUUUUGAACAAACCAGGGUUGAAAUACAAGCCAGCCACUAACCAGGUGGAGUGCCACCCAUACCUCACCCAGGAAAAACUGAUAAACUAUUGCCAGUCCAAGGGGAUUUCAGUGACUGCUUAUAGCCCCCUUGGCUCUCCAGAUAGACCAUGGGCCAAGCCUGAGGACCCUUCUCUCUUGGAGGAUCCCAGGAUUAAGGCGAUUGCAGAGAAGCACAAGAAAACCCCAGCGCAGAUCUUGAUCCGGUUUCAGAUCCAGAGGAACGUGAUUGUGAUCCCCAAGUCAUCCAGCCCUCAGCGCAUUGUGGAGAACUUUCAGGUCUUUGACUUUGAAUUGAGUAAGGAAGAGAUGGGAAUGAUCCUGAGCUUCAAUAGAAACUGGAGGUUCUGUCGCCUGGAAAGUGCUGCUUCUCUCAAAGAUUAUCCUUUCCACGCUGAAUACUGAAGCUGGGGGCCAGGCUCCAGGGGCAGUUCUUGGUGUUCCUGUCUACAUGGGAUGAUAAUGAUGAUAGACGUAGUCUUCACUGCCAAAUUUGAGGAAGACCAACGGUCCCAGAACCUUGGAGCCCUGCAGUUGCCGGGCCAGCCCUAGAUUAAUUGCCAACUCCUUGCUGUGCCUUCCACCCAAGAGGGGUCUGCUACAGGAGGAAGAGGGAGUGCUGAUGAGCUAGAAUUAAGCCUCCCUGUUAUUGGUUUGGUUUUUGGUUGUUUUGGGGGAGGGGGGGGGUUUGUCCUUUUUAAAGCUUCAAUUUCUGCCUCUUCGUUAACGCUUUCCAAUCCCGCCUCAGUUUGUAGAGUUAAAGUUUGUGCUUCCAAUAAAAACUAUUCAUGUGGC